UGCAGCCCCCGAGCCAGCAUAAACUCAUGGCGUGAUCCGCGCGGUUCAGUUGUUCCGGAAUUGUCGCGGGGACGAGGUGUCGAAGCACCUCGCGCAACCUGGUCCUCGACCUCGACCCGAGUGUAUUUCAGACUUCCGGAAGGCUAGCGCUGCAACGCUCGUCAUGUCGUGUGUCUUGUUUGGUGUACCGACUCCGAGGUGUUGUGGUAGAUAUUAGUGGCCGUGGCCCUCACAGCGUACAGCAGCUGCGGCGGUAGUUUUGUUUACCUUCCGAUGUAACGGCACACGAGUACAUGCUUGUAACUGCCCGAUUAUCGCGUCAGCCUCAACGAAUUUAUCCAACUUUAACGUAGCCGAAUUCCAUUUGCGUCCAACGUUACAUCCUCCCUGAGGAAACAUGCAGCUCCGAACGCCGAGACACGUCUGAAGCAAAAGCUCCAAGAUGAAGUGGCCUUUCCUCCUAUUGUGGCUCCUGUUGUCGCAUUCUGGGAUUCUAGAGGCACUGCAGCAUGGGUGCAAAUUUCCCGACCAAUGGAGGGGUGAAUGGUUUCAAUCGGGCGUCCUGCAAUUAGUCGCCGUGAACGAGACGACAAUCACCGGCAAAGGGCGCUGUAUCGAAGCCGACGGUGACAAGUUCCUCAUCGCAGAUCGACCUUACAACUGUUAUCGAUGCAUGGUCAUACACGAGAAACACCCGAACGUGCUCCAGUUCAAGGAAACGUUCUGCCUUCCCUCGGGGAGCGUAAGCCUAAACUCUGCUUGUGCUCAGCUCGCCGGAGACGCCGCGCUGAACUCGCUCUUCCGAUCAGGAGCAGCUCCAUCCCGAUGCCCCUUCGAGGGACCCCUGCUCUUCAGCUACAACCGUGGCCAGGGUGAAUGCUCGAAUCCACCCUCGGUGGCCGAAACCUGCACGCACGAGUCGCGGCUCCUUUUGCGCUAUCAGGCCUGCCACGAUGUUCGCGCCACCGAAAGCACAGUGGAGGAACUCGAGUGCCUGGCUACCUGGAGGGAGGGAAGCACGCGUUACCUGGUUGCACGGCUGAACGGCGAGAGGUUGACAACGGACGAGGACCGCUACAGGUGCUUCAUCUACGCCAAGAGCGGGAGGAACUCUUGGAACUUGGCCCAGAGCGGAGAUGCCACAUGCAGCGGAGUGCUCAGCGCGACCGAAGGUGCCAGGACUCUCAACAUGACGCAGAGUCGCUCGCCGGUCGGCUGUGACUUUCCGAACUGGGUUGUGUCAGCCGGAACGUGGGUCGCCCUGGACUUAGUAGCCCGGCUUUUAACCUCCCCCAGGAACCUGACGAUCCUGAACCAGGACGAGACGCGUCUCGUCUGUCACUCGGUGGUCAGCUCGGACUUCCAACCCUCAUCGAUCCAUACUGAGCGGCGAAUAACUCUAGUCGCCAAAGCGACGCGUGGCUGCACCAAUGGCUACGUGUGUCUAGUAUUUCACAAGAGGGAUGGCCACGUGAUUGAAAUGCAGCAAUCUAAAAUGUGGAGUCAGCAGGCGGAGGACGCGUGUAAAUCGAGCGGUUUCAAUCCACUGUCAGCUCCAUACACGACAUUCAUCACGUCCGACCCCAUACCUCAGCAAUGUCCUCAUCUAGGAAGCUACAAGGUCGCUUCGUGGCACUCCUAUCACCAGAUGGACGGGACUAGGGAGAUGCUUGGCUUCGACGAGGAGCACAGCAUCGGUGAAAAUGAGGAGGAUGCCAUCGCGCAAGAGGUCAAAGUAACACCGUUACCACCUCCAUCCCCCACGCCGUGUCACCAAGACAGUGUCACUGGCCUGGACAUUGGAUGUCGGAGCUCUCAUCGCAUGGAGUUUGCAGCCUCCUGCAGGGAUGAAGCAUUUUCCGUUUACUGGUGCCAUGGCAGUUGGGAGGAAAAUGGCACAGCAUAUGUGGUUGCUAGUACAGAGGCAGCGCGCUAUUGCCUCGUAUACAGCGCAACGGCAGCGUCAGUUGGACAUAAUGACCUCUCAGUUACGAAUCAUUUCGCUUCUUGUCCGAGGCCAACUCAGCACCAUCAUCGGCAGCACAUUUGGAAGCUCAAUCUCACCGCUUACGCGCAAUGCGGCAAAGCUUCCUCCUCGUCUUCGUGGAGGUUAUUCUGGCCCAGAGAUACUUUCUGUUGGGUGAUCCUGUGCUCUUUGUUCAGCCGAUAUGUCACGAGGUGAUUGUUCGGAAUCUAGGACUCGUGGCUAACGUUAACAAUUGUAUAGUAAACUAAUGAGAACAGUAACGAUAAGGAUAGCAAUCUCACAGAAGUAAAGAGAGACGUGACGUCAAUGAUCGUAGCGUGUAACUAUUACAACCAAUGUUAGGAUCGACUAUGAAAGUCAAUGUAGACGGAUACAGGCACGACUUUUCAAAGACUCAUUACUACUCUGGCAGACUCGAGGGUUUUUCAGGCUUCUACGAACAUAUGUGUAAAUAAUUACCGCCACCUUUCCCAAUCCCAUUUAUUCUACAACCAAGUCUCUCUUUCUAGAAGGGGGUGGUGCUAUACGCGUUGACAAAUAUAUAUUACUUGCCGAUCAAUCCCAAACCACAGACACAACUGGGAAAAACAAAUUUUGAAACUCAUUUCGAAACGUGUUAAAAUAAUGUAUUUCAAUUUUGUUUUUUCUAUAUUCAAGAAAAAAAGUGCUGACCUACUUCUUCUAGGUUCUUCUGAGUUCUAUGAUUUUUAUUUCAACGACCUUACGUUAAACUUGAGUAGGAAUAACAUGGUUUUUGCAAAUGUGGUGGUUGCCUGAUAGGUAAGUAGAAUUGGCAAGGAGUCGUUUUAUUAUCCGGUACAUUUAUGCCGGACGAGAACAGUGACGGAGGUCAAGCCGAGGAAUAAUGCUUUUUCUUCGUUUUACGAUGAAUUUUAAAAAAAUCGGAAAAUCACCAUACAAGUACACCAAUUGUCAUCACGAUGUGAUUAAAAGUAGAUAGAUGCGUUCAGGCUCGUUCGGUGUAACCGUACUUUGAAUCGAUGUAUAAUAAAAUAAUAAAAGGGUGCUGGGGCCAAUAAUAUACGAAUUGAGUGUUGAUUCUAUGUUGAAGUAAAACUUUAUUUAGAAAACUAUGGGUCUGCCACAGUCGUAGAGUAAAAAUGUCAGCAUUCAUUCCGAAUGGUACGUAACCAUAUAAAUAUUUGUCAAAUUAUCGUUAUUUCGAUUAUCUGCAUGCAUUUAUGCUUGCCGUCUGGUUCGUAAAUUGUUUUUUUACUGGUACUUCGGAAAAGUCUUGAAAAAUAAAAAGCUCGCAAGAGUAGCUGACUAUGAAUCCACGUAACUAAAGCAAGAACAUUUUUCUUUAUAAAUGGAAAGUAAGUUGUAAGCAAUACAUCGAAGAUAUAUAUGCUGUAUAGGUUAGAUUGUGACAACCAUGGCGAAUUGCUGCAAUUUACAUGUACCCAUAGGUAUCAUAUCUGAGGACGAAAGAUAGUUCUAUGCUCUUCCAAAUCGUGUGUGCGUGUGUGUCAAGAACAGCAUUCAUUCAGCAUUUAUAAAAUAUAAUUAACUUUAAAAUUUUAUAUUUUCAAAGGUAACGAAAGACAACAAAUGAACAAAAAAUUGAAAUUAUUGUAAAAUGACAUAUCGAAAAAUAGAAGCGUCUUAUAUAAUUACGACCACGAACAUGAAAAUAGAUCAAACCUGCUACACCCUGAUUGUUUUGGAACAGACGAAAUAGUAUAACUUUACUGAACAUCUCAAUGAAGGAAAAAUCAUGAAAUUAAACAAAUAAUGUUAAUAUACCUAGUGAGCCUGAUCGACGAGAUAUAAAUAUUUUUAACUUAAACUAUUUUACUUAAAAACUAAACUUAUACUGACAUUCACUGCGUCAUGUUAAAGCUGUAGUUACUUGGUCAACAAUAACUUCGAGUAGGUAUGAUGCCCAGUAGUUGGUGUUUGGCUAUACUUAAACGAAUUGUAAACUAUUAGCUGAUGUAAUUACAAGAGAGUUUCAUGCAAAGUUCAUACAGAUGUUCGCCUGUGACAAUUUUAUUUGUGCCUGCGCUUGGUCGCGAUGAACCAACAGAACUACUUCGAUCAUGACAGCCGAUUCCUUCGUGGACUUUGAUGCCACUCUCAACUUUGUACAUAGCAUGACUAAUUAGUUAUUAUACAUAUAUGUAAAGAUAUAUACAUGUAUGUAAAGAAAGAGAGAGAGAGAAAGAGAGAGAGAGAACUUGUUAUUGAUUAAUUAUAUGUUUAAGCGAUAUGGGCAUGAUGUGUAUCUGUUCGACAGUUUACCUAUUUAUCAUUCUUUACCGUGACGACCAAAGUUUUGCUUGCUUAUUGUAGCAACAGAAACAUAACUGUAUACCUAUGUAUUUAUAACUCAUAAAAUUAUCAUUCUCCUUACUCUUCCAUAAUUAAUACUAAUAAUAUAGCAAUUGUUCAGAAGAAGUAAAUCACAUUUUACUAAAAUGGGAUCCUUGGGUGGACUACAUUUUUUUAUUUCCGAGUAAAAACGCAUGUAAUGACUCCGCGUGACAAUCAGAUCACCUGUUGUGUACGAAUCAAACAAAUUGAAGGCAUUAUUUCAAGAAACAAAAACGUACAGACCAUGCCCAUGCAUUACAUAUGUUUCAUUAGGGUGGUCCUUAUUUGGGGUGUUUUCGAAUUUUCCUGCGGACAAAGCGGAAAAAGUUUGCAAAUAAAUCAAUAAAAAAGUACGCGAAACCGGGAG